AUGUCAUCAAAUGUCGGCCUUUCAACACCUCGUGGCUCAGGUACCUCUGGAUAUGUCCAGCGAAAUCUGUCGCUGUUGAAACCCCGUGAUGCCGGCGUAGGUGUUCCAUACAGCCUCGAUUCCUCCGCUCGGCCGCCCAAGACACGGAAACCAGAUCAAGAAAUUCUGAAUCACGACCGCCUGAGAGAGAUCGAAGUCAAAGUCCUCGAACUGCGGGAGAAACUAGAAGAUGAAGAAGCUGAAGAGGACAAGAUCGAAGAGGAGUGUGACAGACUGCGUGAAAAAUUGACUGCCGAUAUGGAACGGAAUAAAGAUAGAGACAGGAAUAGGUCAGGCGGCGGCAAGAGAGUGGAUGGGAAAGGACUCAAGAGUUAUCAAGUUCAUGAGUUGGCCGAGGCCAAAGAACGGGAAAGCGAACGGUUGCGAAAAGCCCUAGGCUUGAAACCUGGCGACAUACCGGAAGAUGGCGAACAUCCAAUGGCCAGACAAGAAAAGAGACGACUGGAACGCGAAGAGAUGCAAGACAAAGUCGGCGAGGAAACGCUGUAG